CCCUCGCCACGUGGCCUCUCUUUCUGGAUUAAGAAUCUUUGUAAUAUUGGUAACCAAAAAAAAACAAAAAAAAAUCAUGAAUUAAAAGCUUAUUUAUUUAUUUAAUAUACUUUCCAAGAAAGGCAACUCAAUUCACACUGUGUGGGUUCUAAAAAAAAACCCCCUCAUUUAUUUCUUAAUUCUUGUUACUCUUCUUUUUUCUCAUCACGUCUUAAUUUCGACAGAAAAAGGUCACGUCUUAAUUCUUUGGUCUUCCUCUCCAUUUAUACCUCUCUCUCUCUAAAUUCUCAGAGAAACCUCUCUCUCCCCAAAUUCUCAGAAAAUUCCCAGAGAAACCUCUGUGAAACCCUAACAUGGCACUGCCCUCGGCUCCAGACGCUGACCAUAACUCGGCUAAUCUGGAUCAUGGCGAUUUCAAAUUCAAUGCGGAGUUGGACGGCCUGGCGAUCCCUCCUCUCGACCCACAGUUUUUCUCAUCGGACGACGGGAUGGCCACCGUGCCGUCCGAUACGUUCAUGUCCGAUCUCGGAUUUGGGUUCGGUUCCGAUGACAAUUGCGACUUCGAGCUCACCUUCGACGACUUGGACAACCUCUACCUCCCAUCGGAAGCCGAUGACUUCCUCAUCCCCGACGGCUUAGAUCCCGGCGGUACUGCGUUGAAUUCGGGGUCUCCUGAAUCGGGUAGCUCCGCAAUAUCAAUUUCCGGCGAUGAUAAGGGGGGUUCCGAUGUCUCCAGGUUUCUGAAUUGUCCCUCAUCAAACGAGUCUUCUGAAAAUUCCAAUGGACCUGAGAAUUCCGGCGGGCCUGAAAAUUCCGGUGGGGCUGUGUCGUCUCAGGGCUCUGGGAUUUCGGAGGCAGUUAACUCCACUUGGCAUUCUGGAAAUUCGGGUAAUUCUGUUUCGUCCAAUGCCAUUUCUGAUGCGGAUGAUGAGAAGGUUAAGAUGGAGGACGAAAUUACGAAAAAUUGCCUUGUGAAAAGGAAGAAAGUGAGUGACGAAGGCAACGUGGAGUCGAGAAGUGCCAAAUAUCGGAGGUCAGACAACAACAACGCUUCUGUGGAUGCGAAUGCGAAUGGGAAUGAUGAGGAAGAGAAGAGGAAGGCCAGGUUGAUGAGGAACAGAGAGAGUGCUCAGCUUUCUAGGCAGAGGAAGAAGCAUUAUGUCGAGGAGCUUGAGGAUAAGGUGAGGGCAAUGCAUUCCACUAUUGCUGAUUUGAAUACUAGGAUUUCAUAUGUUAUGGCCGAAAAUGCCACCUUGAAGCAGCAAUUGUGCAGUGGUAGCGGCGCCAUGUGCCCGCCACCACCACAUGCAGGGAUGCACCCUCAUCCGCCCAUGCCACCAAUGGCUUAUCCAUGGAUGCCCUAUUCGCCCUAUGUUGUGAAGCCACAAGGGUCCCAGGGCCUUUUGGUACCCAUUCCUCGAUUAAAAUCCCAGCAGCCAGUGGCUGCGCCCAAGUCCAAAAAGUCGGAAACUAAGAAGACUGAGGGUAAAACUAAGAAGGUUGCUAGCAUUAGUUUUCUGGGUCUGUUGUUUUUUAUCUUGCUUUUUGGUGGACUUGUUCCUAUGGUGAAUGUUUAUUUUGGUGGUGUAACGGACAGAGGUCCUGGUGGGUCUGCCUAUGUUAGUGAUAGGUUCUAUGAUAAAAGCAGAGUGAGGGUUCUAACAGUUCAUAGUAAUUUGAAUGGAUCUGAAGAAAAUAUAGGUUCAGGAAUAUCUGGGGGCAAAUUUGAUAUCUCUAACAAAAUUCAUCAUGAGAGGGGUCAUAUGCGGAAAGAAAAGGAAUGUGGGCAGAAAGAACAAGGGUCACAACCAAUACCAGUUUGUGAUGAAUUUGUUCGUCUGGGCAAUACUAGUGGCGAGCCACUUGUUGCUUCUUUGUAUGUUCCAAGAAAUGAUAGGCUUGUCAAGAUUGAUGGAAACUUGAUUAUUCAUUCGGUCCUGGCCAGUGAGAAAGCCAUGGCAUCCCAUGGGCAUUCUGAAAAGAAAAAUAGUAGGGAGACUGGUUUGGCUGUGUCUAAAGAUUUAGUUUCAGCAUUAGCUAUUCCUGAAGCUGGAGGCAACAGAGGGAGAGUUUCUCCCUUAUACAGAAAUUCUGCUGGACCACACAAGGCUCUUACAGCUGGUUCGACUGAUGUUUCGAAGGACCAUAAGAAGUCAACUGCAGCUGAUGGUAAACUGCAACAGUGGUUCCGCGAAGGUCUUGCAGGACCAAUGUUGAGUUCGGGAAUGUGCACUGAAGUGUUCCAGUUUGAUGUCUCUGCCGCUUCCCCUUCAGGAGGUAUAAUUCCUGCAUCUUCAGUUUCCAAUGUUUCUGAACACCGUCAGAAUACUACAGAGCUUAACAGGGGAAGGAAUAGGAGGAUCCUCCGUGGUCUCGCAAUUCCCCUUGCUGGAUCCAAUCAUAAUGUUACUGAAGAAAAUGUGACAAGAAAUCCACCAAACAACAGCCUGCCGAGUAAUAGAUCUGUAUCUUCGUCCAUGGUUGUCUCUGUUCUUGUUGAUCCUAGAGAGGCUGGUGAUAUUGACGUGGAUGGCAUGAUCAAACCGAAAUCACUUUCCCGCAUUUUCGUUGUGGUGCUUUUAGACAGUGUGAAGUAUGUCACCUACUCAUGCGUGCUCCCUCGAUCUGGUCCUCACCUUGUGACUACUUGAACAUGGAGAAUUGGUUUUGGAGUUUAAGAUGACAACUACAUCUAAUUUUAGAAGCUCCCAGUUUUGUAUAUAACAGAAGAAUUAACUGCUCCUAUGAGAUCCUUAACUUCCUUUGGGAGGUUGGAUUGUAUGCCUUUGUUGUGGUAGAAAACAAUGUUUCAAAUAACUGUAUCAUUAGUGUUAGUGUGUGCGUAUGGUUCUGUGCGCCUGAAACCCCUAAACAGACAUUUUAAUGACAUUUUAUGUUCUUUUUCAAACGGCCCGGGAUCAGGGAGUGACUAUGUUAUGUAUGCAGCGCUAUAUUCAUGAUGGAUGAUGAUCAAAUUUAUGCUUAUUUUA